UUCAUCCUAUCAGCUGCUAUCAGCUUUGCUGAUGUGAUUUACGUAUUUCCAUGUGAUUUGUGGUCUAUUGCAUUUACCCGUGACAACCACUGCGGUUUCCGUGAGAAAAAAACAGGAGGAAUCUACAGCUAAAUAAAAGGAUUGUAUAUGUCUUGGAUUUGUCUGUUCUUUUUCAUCGAGUGAGCAAAUGGAGUUUAACACCGGAAAAAAUGAACUUUGGAAAAUCUCUGUUAGUUCCAAGUGUUCAAGAGCUUUCCAAACAACGCUUAACCGACAUUCCGGCAAGGUAUGUCCGCUCAGAGCAAGAACCUCCGGUCAUAAACGCCGGAGAGGCGGUUCCAGUUAUCGAUCUUCAAAAGUUGAAUUCAGGGGAUUCUAUGGAUUCUGAGCUUCAAAAGCUUCACUUUGCUUGCCAAUAUUGGGGUUUCCUACAGGUUAUAAACCAUGGAGUGACACCUUCAUUGUUGGAGGACUUCAAGAGGGAGGUUAUUGAAUUUUUCGGGCUUCCAAUGGAAGAAAAGAAGAAACUAUGGCAACAGGAAGACAAUCAUGAAGGUUUUGGACAGCUAUUUGUUGUAUCAGAGGAGCAGAAACUUGAUUGGAGCGACAUGUUUUACAUAACUACUCUGCCCUCUCAUAUCCGGCAAAUGGACUUGUUUCAAAAAUUGCCUUCAAAGCUCAGGGAAAUCAUGGAAGCAUACUGUAACGAAAUCAAGAACCUAGCAGUGAUCAUCUUAUGUCAAUUGGCAAAGGCUUUAAGGAUGGAUGAAAAGGAAAUGCGAGAUCUAUUCAGUGAUGGCGUGCAGUCAAUAAGGAUGAAUUAUUAUCCUCCUUGUCCCGCGCCAGAAAAAACUAUAGGCUUCAGCCCUCAUUCGGAUGCUGAUGCCCUCACCGUCCUGUUCCAGCUAAAUGAAACUGCAGGUCUCCAAGUUCGUAAAGACGGUGUUUGGGUGACUGUAAAACCCCUCCCAAAUGCUUUGAUUGUGAACAUUGGCGAUAUUAUGGAGAUAGUGAGCAAUGGUGUUUAUAGGAGCAUUGAGCACAGAGCAAUUGUAAACUCAAACAAAGAGAGGCUCUCUGUUGCAACAUUCUACAGCUCCAACCUCGACUCCGAAUUGGGACCUGCACAAAGCCUUACUGGACCAAAUAAUCCUCCAAUUUUCCGAAGAGUUCCGGUGGAUAAAUAUUUCAAGGAUUUUUUUGCACGAAAACUUGAUGGAAAAUCGUACAUUGAUUUCAUGAAGGAAGAGUGAGGAAUGACAAAAUCGUAGCGAGAAUUUGAUAAUUUAGUUGGUUAAUUAGCUAAUCUAGAUCCGAUGAUAUAAUUUUACGAGUUACACUUGCUAUUGUUUAAACACUGACAUUGAUUUCUUGUUUUAAACUAGUAAAAUACCAGUUU